CCGCUUGCAGGCAGUCCGAGCGGCGAUUGGUGGGAAGGGACGGAGCUCAGCGAGCUGUGAUUGGCCGAGGGCUUUGGGCGGGUUGGACGGAGGUUUGAAGGGCUCCUCGGGCUCAGACGUUAACGGAACCUCGGACAGAGCGCGCGGGACCGAUCGAGCCGGGACCCCCCCCGCCCACCCCCGACACCGGGACUGAGCCGGAUCGGGACCGAUCGAGCCGGGAUCCCCCACCCCCACCCCCGGGACUGAGCCGGAUCGGGACCGAUCGAGCCGGGACCGCCACCCACGACACCGAACCGGGACCGCCGCCAAGUCUUCGCCCCCCGGAGUCCCCGCCAUGGAGCUGGACCAGUCCCUGUCGCCGCUGAGGCCCGUGGACGAGAACCCCAAAGUCGGCAAAGGGAAGAAGGAGGCGGCGGCGAAGAAGCGGCUGUCGGUGGAAAGAAUCUACCAGAAGAAAACCCAGCUGGAGCACAUCCUGCUGCGGCCCGACACCUACAUCGGCUCCGUGGAGUUUGUCACCCAGCAAAUGUGGGUUUAUGAUGAAAACGAGGGCCUCAGCUGCAGAGAUGUGAGUUUUGUGCCUGGGUUGUAUAAAAUCUUUGAUGAAAUCCUAGUCAAUGCUGCAGACAACAAGCAGAGGGAUAAAAACAUGUCCUGCAUUAAAAUUACAAUUGAUCCGGAGAAUAAUACAAUCAGUGUAUGGAACAAUGGGAAAGGUAUUCCUGUUGUAGAACAUAAAGUGGAGAAGGUCUAUGUACCUGCUCUUAUCUUUGGGCAGCUAUUAACCUCCAGCAAUUAUGAUGAUGAUGAAAAGAAAGUCACAGGUGGUCGAAAUGGUUAUGGGGCCAAAUUGUGCAACAUAUUCAGUACCAAAUUUACAGUGGAAACUGCGUGUCGUGAGUACAAGAAACUGUUUAAGCAGACCUGGACGGACAAUAUGGGAAAGGCUGGUGAAAUGAAACUGAAAUACUUUGAUGGAGACGAUUAUACUUGUAUCACUUUCCAACCUGAUCUGUCUAAGUUUAAAAUGACAAGCCUGGACAAGGACAUUGUGGCACUGAUGUCUCGAAGAGCGUAUGAUAUUGCUGGGUGCACGAAAGAUGUCAAAGUCUUCCUAAAUGGAAAGAGGCUGCCCGUGAAAGGAUUCCGUAGUUAUGUGGACCUCUACGUGAAGGACAAGGUAGAUGAAACUGGUAAUGCACUUAAAGUUAUCCAUGAGGAGGCAAAUAAUCGCUGGGAGGUGUGUUUAACUUUAAGUGAAAAAGGCUUCCAGCAAGUUAGCUUUGUCAACAGCAUCGCCACCACAAAGGGUGGCAGGCAUGUUGACUAUGUAGCUGAUCAGAUUGUAAAUAAACUCAUUGAAGUUGUGAAGAAGAAGAACAAAGGUGGGGUUGGAGUAAAGCCAUUUCAGGUGAAGAACCACAUGUGGGUUUUUGUGAACUCCUUGAUUGAGAACCCAACCUUUGACUCUCAGACUAAGGAAAAUAUGACUCUGCAGGCAAAGAACUUUGGAUCAACUUGCAAACUGAGUGAAAAAUUCAUCAAAGGUGCAGUCAGCUGUGGUAUUGUGGAAAGUAUUCUAAACUGGGUAAAGUUUAAAGCUCAGAUCCAGCUGAAUAAGAAGUGCUCAGCUGUGAAACACACCAGGAUUAAGGGAAUUCCUAAACUGGAUGAUGCCAAUGAUGCUGGUAGUAAGAAUUCCACAGACUGUACACUUAUCCUGACAGAAGGCGACUCAGCCAAAACACUGGCUGUUUCUGGUCUGGGAGUGGUUGGGAGAGACCGAUACGGAGUAUUCCCCCUUCGUGGAAAAAUGCUCAACGUACGAGAAGCCUCUCAUAAACAGAUCAUGGAAAAUGCUGAAAUCAACAAUAUCAUCAAGAUUGUGGGUUUGCAGUAUAAGAAGAACUAUGACGAUCAAGAAUCGCUGAAGACCCUUCGUUAUGGAAAAAUUAUGAUUAUGACAGAUCAGGAUCAAGAUGGUUCCCAUAUCAAAGGCUUGUUGAUUAACUUCAUCCAUCACAACUGGCCAUCUCUUCUAAGGCAUCGUUUUCUGGAGGAAUUUAUUACUCCCAUCAUAAAGGUUUCAAAAAACAAGGAGGAGUUUUCAUUCUACAGCAUUCCUGAGUUUGAAGAGUGGAAAAACAAUACUCCAAAUCACAAAUCCUGGAAAACCAAGUACUACAAAGGUUUGGGUACCAGCACAUCAAAAGAGGCUAAAGAGUACUUUGCAGAUAUGGCAAGACAUCGAAUUGGCUUCAAGUAUUCUGGCCCAGAAGAUGAUGCUGCGAUCACCCUGGCCUUUAGCAAGAAGAAGAUCGAGGAACGGAAGGAAUGGCUGACUAAUUUCAUGGAAGGCAGAAGACAACGGAAGCUACAUGGUUUGCCAGAGGAUUUUGUGUAUGGGAAAUCCACUAGUUAUCUGACAUACAAUGACUUCAUUCACAAAGAGCUGGUCCUGUUCUCAAACUCCGAUAAUGAGAGAUCCAUUCCGUCCCUGGUUGAUGGUUUGAAACCAGGUCAAAGGAAGGUUCUGUUCACGUGUUUCAAACGAAAUGACAAACGGGAAGUUAAGGUUGCUCAGUUGGCUGGUUCUGUAGCUGAGAUGUCCUCCUACCAUCAUGGCGAGGCAUCACUGAUGAUGACCAUUAUUAAUUUGGCUCAGAAUUUUGUGGGAAGCAAUAACCUCAACCUGCUACAGCCCAUUGGUCAGUUCGGUACCAGGCUGCAUGGUGGAAAAGACUCUGCCAGCCCUCGAUACAUCUUCACAAUGCUCAGCUCAUUGGCACGGUUGAUCUUCCCUGCAACGGAUGACAGUAUUCUGAGGUUCCUGUAUGACGACAACCAGCGCGUAGAGCCAGAGUGGUAUAUGCCUAUCAUUCCUCUGGUACUGAUAAACGGAGCAGAAGGUAUUGGCACUGGCUGGUCCUCUAGGAUCCCCAACUUUGAUAUCCGAGAAGUUGUGAAUAAUAUUCGCCUCCUGAUGGAUGGAGAAGAGCCCUUGCCAAUGCUUCCUAGUUACAAGAACUUCAAGGGUACAAUAGAUGAACUGGGACCAAAUCAAUACCUGAUAAAUGGGGAAGUGUCCAUCCUGGAUUCGACAACCAUUGAGAUCUCAGAGCUUCCAGUCAGAACAUGGACACAGACCUAUAAGGAGCAGGUGCUGGAGCCCAUGUUGAAUGGCACUGAGAAGACUCCACCACUAAUAACGGACUAUAGAGAAUAUCACACAGACACCACGGUCAAGUUUAUAGUGAAGAUGAGUGAACAAAAACUGGCUGAGGCAGAGGCAGCGGGGCUGCAUAAGGUCUUCAAACUCCAAACAAAUCUUACCUGCAACUCCAUGGUUCUCUUUGACCCUGUAGGCUUUCUCAAGAAGUAUGAGACUCCUCUGGAUAUUCUCAGAGAAUUCUUUGACCUCCGACUCCAGUAUUACAGUUUGAGAAAAGAGUGGCUUACAGGAAUGCUGGGUGCAGAGUCUGCAAAACUCAACAACCAGGCUCGCUUCAUCCUGGAGAAAAUUGAGGGCAUAAUAGUGAUCGAAAACAAGCCCAAGAAGGAGUUAAUUCAGGUACUUAUCCAGAGAGGGUAUGAAUCGGAUCCUGUGAAGGCCUGGAAAGAAUCUCAGCAGAAGGGUGCAGAAGAGGAAGAGAGUGACAAUGACCAGGAUAACGAAUCUGCUGCAGCCUCCGGCCCAGACUUCAACUACCUGCUAAACAUGCCCCUCUGGUACCUGACUAAAGAGAAGAAAGAUGAGCUCUGCAAACAGAGAGAUAACAAAGAAACGGAGCUGGAAAACCUAAAACGCAAGAGUCCCUCAGAUCUGUGGAAGGAAGACCUGGCUGCCUUUAUUGAAGAACUUGAGGCUGUGGAAGCCAGAGAAAAACAGGAUGAGCUGGGUGGGAGAGCUGGCAAAGCUCUCAAAGGGAAAGGGGGGAAACUAAAGGUGAAGAAGCUGCAACUGGCUGAAGUUAUGCCCUCGCCACAUGGCAGAAGAGUUAUCCCUCGAGUAACUGCAGAGAUGAAGGCAGAUGCGGAAAAGAAGACUAAAAAGAAAAUAAAGACAGAAAAAAUGGAACUUGAGGAGGAUCAAGAAGGAAACUCGUCAGAAGAUAAGAAACCUGCAAAUCUUAAACAAAGAUUAGUAAAGAAAUUUAAAACUGAGCCAGGUACUAAGAAACAGUCCACUUUGCCAUUCAAGCCAAUGAAGAAAGAGAAGAAACGAAAUCCCUGGUCUGACUCAGAAUCUGAUUCAGAGUGUGAUAGUGAGGUGGCCCCUCCGAGAGAGAGGCCGAUUCGCCAGACAGCAGUAAAAACCAAUUACACCUUGGAUUCGGAUUCGGAUCUCACCGAUGCAGACGGGACUCCUCAGUCUCAGGAGGUCAGCGAAGAGGAUGUUGUCCCAGAAGCACACUCACCAGAGAAGUCUGCUCCCAAGGCCAGAGGGGCCCCCAAGAAAACCAGUGAAAAGAAAGCUAAAGAAGAAUCCAAACCACAGCAGGUGCAAAGUGCUAUCUCUAUUCAAAUCCAGGACACUGAUUAUGAAAAUCUGAGUCAAACUUCUGCAGCUCCUUCUGUCUCUGCCCCUCUUGCUAAGCCUGGAAAAGCUGCACCCAGAAAACCUGCUGUGGGCAAGAAAACCACCAGUGCCACUAAGGAUACGCAGCCUUCCAUCAUGGACAUUCUAGCCAAGAAAAAGGCAGCACCCAAAUCCUCCAAGACAGCAACAGCCAAGGCAGGAAGUUCAGACUCCAGUGUUGACACAGCAGUGGUGAGGAAGCCGGCCCCCGCCAAGGGGAAGAAAACCACCACCAAAAGGAAGCCAUGCUCAGACUCGGAUUCAGAUUCUGAUUUUGGGUCAAAGCCUCCCAAGUCAUUUGCAGUUAAGAAAUCCAAGGUGGAAGACGAGAGCUUUCAUAUUGACCUAGAAUCCGACUUGGACAGCCCUGUGGCGCCUGCUCCCAGCACGAGGCCUGGGCGUGCCCGAAAGCCCAUUCAGUACCUGGAAGAGUCUGAGGAGGAGAUGUUUUGAGUUUUAAUAUGAAGAUUUUAAAGUGCUGACCGUAUUGAUCUACAAACUCGUUCUUGGAGAGGAGCUCUCAGCAGGCGCUGUCGAGUCUCCCCAGAGAAUUGCAGAUCUCAGAUCCAGGAAAUGGUUUUAUUGAAUAAUUAGUGCUUGCCCCAAAAUGUGAUGCUGCAUGUGAGUGCCGAUCUCGUUCCCCCCCGGGAUAGACCAUUUCCAUUUGUUGGAACAAAACCCCCUCCAGCAAGAAUCAAGCAGCAGUAGCAGAGAAUCCUAUAGCCCGUUAGCUGGAGGAGCUAAUUUCCCUGGCCUUUCAUGGUCAUUUUAGUGCAGAAGCAGACUUUUAAGCCCACCAAAUAUCUUACCCCUUCACGUAUGUUCCCUCCUCUUUUGAUUGUCUUAAAGAAGCUGUAGACAUGUUUUAUUGCAAGUCUCUAGGCUAAACAACCACAAGAGAUUCAAAAAUACAAGCUGCAAAGUGGGGCGAGACCCCUUGGUCAGAGGGAGGUUUUCUUGGUUUUACUCUUCUCGCUCCUUCACAAUCUGUCAUUUCGUCCAAGCUCCACUUUGCUCUUUUGGUGGCCAACAUUUUGCCACCUUCAGAAUUUUCAGCCAUGACGCUUACGUCCGAUUUGGAGCAACUUGCCCUGAGACGAAGGUGUGUGUGGCGCAGGCCGUGCCCGCUCCGCACUCUGUGUUCCCGCCUCCAUUGUGUUCAGCCCGGCAGGCGCUUCUUGGGUAAGAGCCUUUGUCCCCAGGAAUAAACUGCAACAUUAAAAUGCCUGUUGAAUGCUGAGGGAGCGAGCGACCUUGGUGGAGUGGGGGCGUUGGUGAUGAGGGAGCGCGGGGCUGGGGAGACGCCUUCAAUACUGGCUACAGCCAAAGAAAAUCCUUACCAUUGAAAAGGAACACGUCAGAAGCAGGGUGGUCAUUCCAGUGCCCCCAUGGCAGACUGGCCAUUAGGUUCCUGUGUCCCAGGUAGGGAUAUUAGCCGACUGCCACCUCAGUUAGUCCUGAUGACAAGGGGCUUCCUGCUAACUUCUCCAGUGCCCAGCUGAGCAACGUGAGUGCAGUUUCUCUGUCAGGCCUGUUCACGCCACCCAUUAGCUUGUCAGGGGUCUGAGUGCCUGGAGUCGGGCUGUCCAGGAUACCAGCUUGAAGCCAGUUGCCACAGACAUCUAGUGGCAGGGUUUAUGCAAUCCAGGUGCCCACGCAGAAGGAGCUGGGAAGUGUGUCUUGUUCCUCUUCCCCGAAAAGGCAUCCACUGGAGGAUUUGCCCACUUUCUUUGAAGGGCUGAUGUUCAAUGUGUUUUUCCUAGAGCCAGUUCCAUGGUGCUGAGUGGGACUGCUCAAGCGUUUGUCUCUGUAAAUAUUUUCUGUGUUUGUAACAUCCUGACGUUCUAACUGCCAUUUUUGUAUUUCUGUAAUAAAGGAUUUUUACACCA